AUGAGUCAGAGAAGAAAAAUAUCUGAAGACUUGAAGAAAUCAAAGAAUCCGUGGUCGAUAGAAGAUGAUGACCAUUUACAAUCAUUAAUGAAAGAGCAUGGAACUUCUUGGAUAAAAAUUGCAUCAUAUUUUCCAGGCAGAGACGCCAAAAGUUGUCAAAAUCGAGUUCAAUAUUUGAAGAGACGACCUACUGAAUGGACGGAGGAUGAAGAUAAUUUACUUAAACAAGCUGUAAAGAAUAACUCCAAAUCAUUCCAAGAAGUAUGGAAGAUGGUAGCUGAAAAAUUACCAUCAAAGACAUGGCAACAAUUACAAUAG